AUGAGAAUAUGGGAAAGACAAAACCAGGCAGGCCCCCCAGGCGACCAAAAAUGGCCAAAUGUUGAUCCACAUUGGGACCAUCAGCAGGUCCCCAUAUUAGAAAAUGUAGUAAUUGAAACUGAUAAAAGAAUAGAAUUGAACGACCUGCUAUGGUUACCUGAAAUAGAGCAUAACCUUUUGGGAAGGGACUUACUGUCAAAACUAGGGUUGGAAAUAAAAACCAAGAAAGGAGAAUGGGACAUUAAGAUUUAUGUGCUCACAAGGGAGGAUAAGGAAAUGAUAAACCCACUAGUAUAGCAUAAAGGAGAGGAGACAGGUCGAAUAGAUAUGGAGCCUAUCCGGGUGGAGUUAUCAGACCCCCAAAACCCGGUUCGUGUGAAGCAGUAUCCCAUAUCUUUAGAAGGCAGGAAGGGAUUAAAGCCAGUGAUAGACCAGCUCCUGAAACAGGGCUUACUGGAACCCUGUAUGUCUCCCCAUAAUACCCCCAUUUUACCUGUAAAAAAGCCAGAUGGAACAUACAGGCUUGUACAGGAUCUGAGAGCAGUGAACCAGAGAACACAGACGAAGUUCCCUGUAGUCCCUAAUCCAUAUACCCUGGUGAGCCGCUUGUCUCCGGAAUACCAAUGGUAUAGUGUUAUAGAUUUGAAGGAUGCAUUUUGGGCCUGCCCAUUAAACGAAGCAUCCCGAGAUUAUUUUGCUUUUGAAUGGGAGGAUCCAGAGACUGGGAGGAAGCAGCAGCUAAGGUGGACUGUGCUACCCCAAGGGUUCACAGAGUCACCUAACUUAUUUGGACAAGCUCUGGAAAAGGUAUUAGAAAAGGUAGAUUUACAUCCAGAGGUAAAAUUAUUGCAAUAUGUGGAUGACUUGUUGCUCGCUGGGAAGUAUGAAUCAAUAGAAGUAAGAAAACUACUAGGGUUGUUGGGAUAUUGCAGACAAUGGAUUGAAGGAUACUCGGAGAAAGUUAAAUUUCUCUAUGAAAAGCUACUGGGAGAAAAAGUAACUUGGAAGGAAGAGGAUGAACAAAGGCUAGAGAAAAUUAAGACUUUGCUAAUCCAGGCACCAGUGCUUAGUUUACCAGAUUUGGAGAAACCUUUCCUCCUAUUUGUAAAUGUGAGUGAACAAACGGCAUAUGGAGUGUUGGUCCAGGAUUGGGGUGGAAUGAAGAAACCUGUAGCAUACUGUUCCAAAUUAUUAGACCCUGUCAGCAGAGGAUGGCCUACUUGUGUACAAUCCAUAGUGGCCACAGCUUUAUUAGUAGAAGAGGCUAGAAAGAUAACUUUUAAUUCUCCUCUCAAGGUAUUUACCCUACAUAAUGUAAGGGGAAUUCUACAACAAAAAGCGGAAAAGUGGUUAACAGAUAGCAGGAUGCUUAAAUAUGAGGCAAUACUCAUAGAUUCCCCUCAAUUAGAAUUAGGAGUUACGGGGGCCCAAAACCCAGCUCAUUUUUUAUUUGAGGAACCCAGCUCAAAGUUAGAGCAUGAUUGUCUUAAAGUGAUAGAACUGGAGGUGAAGGUGAGGUCUGAUUUAAAGGAUUAUUAG